AGAAUGGUGAAUAACAUUGAAGACCCUCAAGAGGCUUUAUAACGUCCCAUCCCCAUGUAAAGUAUGCUCAGAACUUUUCCAGUAGUUCUGCUGGAAACCAUGUCUCACUACACAGACGAACCAAGAUUUACCAUAGAGCAGAUAGACCUGCUUCAGCGCCUGAGACGUACAGGAAUGACCAGACAUGAAAUCCUCCACGCUCUGGAAACCUUGGAUCGUCUUGAUCAAGAGCAUAGUGACAAAUUUGGAAGAAGGUCUAGCUAUGGAGGCGGUUCCUACAGCAACAGUACCAACAAUGUCCCAGCAUCUUCCUCUACAGCCACAGCUUCAACACAGACCCAGCAUUCUGGGAUGUCCCCGUCACCGAGCAACAGUUACGACACCUCCCCACAGCCUUGCACUACUAACCAGAACGGGAGGGAGAGUAACGAGAGGUUGUCUGCAUUCAACGGGAAGAUGUCACCUACCCGCUACCCGCUUGCAAACAGCUUGGCUCAAAGGUCAUACAGUUUUGAAGCUUCUGAAGAGGACUUGGACAUUGAUGACAAAGUGGAGGAACUGAUGAGGAGGGACAGCAGUGUGAUAAAGGAGGAAAUCAAAGCCUUCCUAGCCAAUCGGAGAAUUUCCCAAGCAGUUGUUGCACAGGUAACAGGUAUCAGUCAGAGCCGGAUCUCCCAUUGGCUGUUGCAGCAGGGGUCGGACCUGAGUGAACAAAAGAAAAGGGCAUUUUACAGAUGGUACCAGCUUGAGAAGACAAAUCCUGGGGCUACGUUAAGCAUGAGACCCGCUCCUAUCCCAAUAGAAGAGCCAGAAUGGAGACAGACGCCUCCCCCAGUCACAGCUACCUCUGGGACCUUCAGACUACGGCGAGGCAGUCGGUUCACAUGGAGAAAGGAGUGCCUGGCUGUUAUGGAAAGGUAUGUCACUUUGGGGUUACGGAGAUGGGCAUUUUAA